AUGGAUGGUGGUGGUAACGGUGGCGGUGGUAGUGAAACGGUGGUAGUGGUGUUGGGUGAUGGUAGUGGUGGUGGCGGCGACGAUAGUGUUGGUGAUGGUGGCGGAGGCGAUGGUGUUGGUGGUGGUGGUAGUGGUGGCGACGUGGUAGUGGUGGUUGUUUUAAUAGUGGUGGGUGAUGUAGUAGUGGUGGUGGGUAGUGGCGAUGGCAACUAUUGUAGUGGCGGCGGUAGAAGUAUGGUGGUGGUGGGUGAUGGCGGUGGUGGUUGUUGGUCGGUGGCGGUGGUAGCUAGUGGCGAUGACGGUGGUGGUUGUAGCGAUGGUGGUGGUAGCGGUGUUGGCAGAAGUGGUGGUGGUAGGGGUGGUGAUAAUGACGAUUGA